GCAGGCGCGCUGGAGGGCGGGCGCCGCAGCGGCGGCGGCAGCGGCAGCGGCAGCGGCAGCAGCAGCGGUCUUGGCUGUGGCCGCGGGAAGUGAAUGGUUUUACCCAGAGGGCCCUGCGCCGUCUUUCUCCGCUGGCACCAGCGCUGCUCCCUGCUCCUCCUCCCCGGCCAUGGCGUUCACAUUCGCGGCCUUCUGCUACAUGCUGGCGCUUCUGCUCACUGCCGCACUCAUCUUCUUCGCCAUCUGGCACAUUAUAGCAUUUGAUGAGCUGAAGACUGAUUACAAGAAUCCUAUAGACCAGUGUAAUACCCUGAAUCCUCUCGUACUCCCAGAGUACCUCAUCCAUGCUUUCUUCUGUGUCAUGUUUCUUUGUGCAGCAGAGUGGCUGACACUGGGGCUCAAUAUGCCCCUCUUGGCAUAUCAUAUUUGGAGGUAUAUGAGUAGACCAGUGAUGAGUGGACCAGGACUGUAUGACCCUACAACGAUCAUGAAUGCAGACAUUCUAGCAUACUGUCAGAAAGAAGGAUGGUGCAAGUUAGCUUUUUAUCUUCUAGCCUUUUUUUACUACCUAUACGGCAUGAUCUAUGUUUUGGUGAGCUCUUAGAACAACACACAGAAGAAUUGGUUCCGUUAAGUGCAUGCAAAAAGCCACCAAAUGAAUGGAUUCUAUCCAGCAAGAUCCUGUUUCCAAGAGUAGCCUAUGGAAUCUGAUCAGUUACUUAAAAAAAAUGACUCCUUAUUUUUUAAAUGUUUCCACAUUUUUUUUGCUUGUGGAAAGACUUUUCAUAUGUUAUACUCGGAUAAAGAAUUUAAAUGGAAUUACGUAUACAUUAAUAUAAAAUGAUUACCUCUGGUGUUGACAGGUUUGAACUUGCACUCCUUAAGGAACAGCCACAAUCCCUUGAAUGAUCGCAUUAAUUACUGACUGUCCUUAGUCCAUUGGAAGCUUUUGUUUAUAGGAACUUGUAGGGCUCAUUUUGGUUUUAUUGAAAUGCCAUCUAAUUACAAAUCAGCUGUAGAUACCAGGUGCUUCUGAUGAACUGAAAAUAGAUAUCUGAUCUGUGGGAAACUCCACGGGUUUCCUCAUCUAUCAUGUAGAUGAUUAUAUAUGGAUACAGUAAAAAAAUAAGAAGAGUGGGAUUUUUUCCAUUUGACUUGAAUAUUAUCCUAUAUAUUGCAUGAAUGAGAGAUUUCCCAUAUUUCCAUCAGAGUAAUAUACUUGCUUUAAUUCUUAAACAUAAGUGAAUAUGAUAUAAAAACAUGGUGAAUUACUUAUGAAGAAUGCAUUUAAAGCUAUUUUAAAUGUGUUUUAAUUUUUAAGACAUACUAAGAAAUUGGUUAUUACUUACUGUUCUAAUCUGGUGGUAAAGGUAGUCUUAAGAAUUUGCAAGUACUUUAGAUUUACAAAACUGAAUGAAAGAGAACAUUGUGUUAUACUGUCCUGCUGUUCCUUUAGUGCAAUACAAUAAAACUCUGAAAUUAAGACUUACUUUCAGUGCAUUGUUUUAAAGAUUACAAAUAGCAAUUUCAUAAACUUGCUUAAUCCACAAUAAAGACAUAUUACUGUCAAUUUU